CACGCUUAGCUAUGGUUGUACGCACGUACCCGUUUAAAUUAGCAUUGCGUAGGCCUGUGUUACAGUAAGUGCCCUUAACUCUUUGUUCUUUGUAUUUAUAUUUGUUUUGUGUCUGAUUUCAGUAGCCUUGACUAGACAUACAAUGUUUCACUGUUAGCAAACCAAUUGUUCUGAAUGUCGACACUGUUUUGCAUAUGGCAACAUAACUUAUGAAUACAGCUGGACAUGUCACGUAAAGUUGUGUGCUUCCCUAUGUUGCGAAACACACAAGCAAAUAAAACAAAUGUAAAACCCGUGUUUUCCCUUUAGAGGUGGGUGUAUUUCAAGGCCGAAUUUUUAGAUGUUGCCUGUAGGUGCCUCAUUUGGCCGGUAACGUCAUGUGGAGGAAUGACUAGCAAUGUUGCCAAUCAAAAGGGAUACUAACUGGAAAAGUAUUAACUUUAAAGUACGUUUACCACUUAAAACACAGCUACAAAGAUGAGACAUCUCAGAUUAAAGCAACAUUUGUGUAAGAUAGUAUGAGACCAGUGUUGGAUUGUAGCCUAAACUGCCCUGCAGACGGACGCACCUGGGUACCAUUUGGAGACGGAUGUUACUACUUUGUCCACGGAGAAGAAGACACAAUCAAAAGCUACACUUUUGAAAGAGCAAAAACACUCUGCCAAGGAUUUGAGCUUUUGACCAUCCAGAGCGCUGAGGAGAAUGACUUUGUCAUUAAAUAUAGCCCAGCAGUGUGGAAAAACAAUGUCAACGUGUGGCUGGGAAUGUAUUAUGACACAAACAGUGACGACAUGAGGUGGUUCGGUGAGCAACCUGUAGGAUUCAGUAACUGGGAAGACAUCUUUUCUUCAUCAGACCUCGUGCCCUUGGAUACAUGUGUGGCUCUGCACAGCAACACAGGAAAGUGGGAAAAUGUCAGCUGCCUGGAACAGGCGGAGAAUGGAGUGGUCUGUGAGACAAAUCAGAAGGCAGAGGAAGCCAAGCCGAAACCCAGUGCACUGCUGUCCGCUCUGGUCAUUCUCAGCGUGGUGGCUAUCAUGGGAGUCUCAGCAGUCAUUUGGUUCCUGCAGCAUAAGUACAACCUUGGCUCCACUAUCCUAACGGCAUUCGAGUACCACCCCCCGUUCCGAGUCGUGGACACAGACCGGUCCUGUCUGGUGGAGGCUGAGGAGACUGACAGCGUGCCAUAGGAGAACCUUCCCUCUGUUCCACAACAGGAAGCACCAGGCCCUCCUCACUGGGUCCGUGUUCAUGCAUAGAGAAAACAGUUACUGUAGUAGUUUUGGGAUAACACGUUACACACAUGACUCAGAAUGGCUUACUCUAAUACUAACGUCUGACUGUUGCACAUUAACAUCUCACUGCUUCUGCUUUUUUUUUGUCAUCUGCACUAAUGAACAAUCAUCUGUACAUUUUUCAGAUUGGUGCAUCAGCAACUUUGCAGUCUGGUCUACAUGUCGUGUGUAACAUCAUCAUUAUCAGGCACUACACAUUACUUGAUUACCUUUGGUAUCAGUAUUUCUCUCUUGCAUAUUCAAAGUAACUAACUAUUGCUCAUGGAAGGGAUUAAAUAAAGAGCAAAGCUUUCAUACUUUUUGUGAGCAGACAGAAAUGUUCAGCGAUUUAGUAUUGCAUUGCCAUAAACCUUGAGGGACUAAAAAGAGGAAGAUUGAAAUAAGAAUGGGCAAUUGAUGCAGCAGAGAGUGAGAUACCCUGAUGUUUAGUCCCUAGUGUGUAUCAAGCUCCAAAAAUGCUGCCUUCUACAUUUCACAUAAUGCAACCAAUCGCAUGCUUCCGUUAGAGCCUGACUGGCUGGUAAAUGCUCAUGUCUUUUAAAUCAGUGGAGUCCCUUUUAAGCAGUAUUCAAAGAAACAGGAAUUCUUAAUCGCAGGCUAUCAAGGGCACAUGUAAAUAGUUUGAUCCGAACAAAAACCCAGCUUGAGUUUGAGCAAUUGUCUUGUUAUUUCACACAUGUAAAUGUAGCAAGUGAGGUAGAUUUGCAGUCCGUAAAGCAGAUUCUUUUCCAGCUAAAAUAUCAUUUUGAAAUGGAAAGCUGUCCUGAACCAAUACUGCUAGAGAACAUCCUGACAUGUUUCCUUGCAUUAUGUAUGCUUGAGUUUUUAUUGUGGCAAGGUAUGAGACUUGCCAAAAUAUAACCAGUAAAGCUAAAUUUUGUUAGAAAUCAUAACACUGAUGAAACUGUCUGCAUUCAUUCCAGGAUAUUUUCAAGUUGGCUUUCAUGAUGAUAAUUCUACAUUCACAGUUCUCCCGUCCUUUAUUCACUCGUCAAAAGACCAAUAUGUAUUUUUUGUGUUUCCUUGCUGCCUCAUGAAAUCCAAUCUUGGCAUUAUCAUUGCUUUAUUUUUAGGAUGUGGUCAUGAUUUUGGUGUUGGAAAUAAGUCCUCCUGUGGCAAUAAAGACAAUCGAUAUUUGGCUAUGUGAUGGGCAUAGUUUAGAAUGAUGACAAGAUACUUAUAUUACGUUGUGUAAAAUACCCCUCUUAAUACUUAUGUACACUUUUAACAGCAUAAAUGCUUUUGUGCAAUAUUUGAGAUUCAUUUGGCAGGAUCUGAGCCCCUGUGUGUUUUCAUAAUAAAGUAUGUGUAACUAUA